UCACACUGACUUCAUUACAACUUGCAAACUUUUCACUUUACUCACGUGACAAUUCAGCUAAUUCUUGUAAUUCUUAACUAUAGUAAAAUGAUUGAUGCAUAGAUACUGUCUAGUUAUUUCGUUUAUCUGUGGAUGUUGUUUUACAAAACAUUGUACUUUUUUCAGAACUGUAGAUUGUGUUCAGUCGUGUUGCACAUCUAUGUUUGUGGAGAGUUCUAUUACAGAAUUGUAGCACUGUAUACAAUAGUAAUAUGUCAGAUCUGUAGUAGUGUAUAAGAAAUAUUACAUAGCUGUUAGUCUUGUACUAUAAUAUUGUAUUCCAUAUAACCCUGAUUUUAUCAAGUGUGAAAAGUGAAAAAUAAACUGACAGGCAAUGCAAAGGCUUUGGUUCAAAAGCCGAGUCAACGAUUAGAAAUUCUUUCUUUAUCUUUGCUUUGAGGAACCAAUGAGGCCUGGUGUGCACAAUAACUUUUUACAAAGGGUGGGGUUCAGUUGAGUUCACAGGAAAGCGAAAAAUAAUAAUAGACAGUAUCUGCCAACUGCAAUCAGCUUGCUGGUUGCUAAGAACUUUUCUAACAUCAAUACACGAGCAACCACAAAUGCAUCAAUAUCGUCUUAAGAAUUAGCGAAUCAAAUGAAGCCUCAGAUAUGGGGUUAAUUCUGACAUUAGUAUAACAACCAAAAAGAAGCGGAAAAACACAUAUUGGUCCCAUGGUAUAUUGUUACAGGCAGCAGAUUCUAAACAUAUGACACUGACUCCAGGCUUAUUAGAGCGAAAAUUUGGCAGGAAAUUUCCCUAAUUGUUGUCGUUUCUGUGACUGUGUGCUCCAAUGACAAUCCAGCUAAAACAUGUGGUCAUCCAAAGAGUUUACAAAAUGGCUAUUACACUGCUACUGGUGAAACAUUUGGGGACACGGCAACUUACUAUUGCAAUAAAGGAAAAUUGGAGAGACCAGGAAGAAACCCCCUGCAACCAUCGACAGCGUACCAUGUGUAAGAAGGUUCACAUCAACCCUCAACCCAGUGAAAACCAAGUGGAGGCCAAUGUUAAUGAGUACCAUGAUCACCCAGCAGGAUCUUUAAUGAGGUCAAACUUAUGAUUAUAGAAGAUGGAGGUGGAGAAUUUAACUUUUAGUUCUGUUCGAAAUAAGUCUCCAGCAUUGCCAGGACAAAAGGGAAUUAUUUUUUAAACAAAACUAAGGCAAUACAGCUCGACAAUUCUCCCCAGAAAUUUUCUUCUCACACAAUGACGCUUUGCAGAGGUAUGUGUAAUUCCUACGUUUUGUGUUCCUUUUGCCAUGUCAUCUUUGGUUCUUUUGCCAAUCACCAACAAUGCAUUUUAUCAGCCAUCAACCAUUCAAAACAUUGACUCCAACACCUUUAUCAAAUCUCCUUCAACCUUUUCUGCUCUAAUGAGAUUGAUCCCAAGUUAUCUAGUCUCCGUAACUACAAUCCUUCAUCCUAAAACUAUUCUAAUAAAAGU